ACACAAACUGCAAUACAUACGGUGAGACGUCAAAUAGUGAAAAAUCAAUUGACUGAAAAAAGCAAGAGAAAAGUUCAUUUUUUUUAAUGUUUUAGAAUUUAAGUGCAUAUAUUGUUGAAUUUAUCAUUUUUUUUAUGUUGAUUUUAUUGAAAUUGGUGUAAAAUGCAUAUUUGUAGUAUUGUGUAGUCAUUUGUUAAAUUAUUGCUAGACAUCGACCGACUGAAAGUUAAAAGAAAAAGAGAAAAUAAUCCCAAAAGAGCGAAAAAGAAUCCGACUGUUUUGUGUGUGUGUGUGUGCGAUACGCGUAGACAGUAAUAAUAAAAUCAAUCCCGAAUGAAUGUCGCCUGACAUUUUUGUGAUAAAAUAAGACGUAAAAGCCAAUUCAGAUCAAAUCAAAAUACUCCUAGAAUAAAGUAGAAGCAAAAACCAUGGAAGAAGAUACGGAAUAUAAGAAACUACCCGUAGACGAGCGUUGCGUGCACAAAUUGUGGAAGGCACGUCUUGAUGGUUACGAGGAAUUGAUUAAAAUAUUUCGUGGCAUUGACGAUGAAAAGGCACCCGAAUGGAAUAAAUAUUUAGGUUUAGUAAAGAAAUUUGUGAUCGAUAGCCAUGCGAUGGCACAGGAACGAGGUCUCGAAGCAACGCUAAUUUAUGUCGAAAAUGCUGGAUGUGCUGGAAAAACGGUUGGCGAUGUCAUGAGCGGAUUGGUAAAUAAAUGCUUUUCAGCGCCAAAAGCCAAAGUUAAGGAUUUGGCAUUUCAAAUUGCAUUGAUGUACAUCGAAAUUGAAAAACAAGAUGCAGCUAUCGAUGAAUUGGUGAAAGGUUUGGAUGCAAAAAAUCCUAAAAUUGUGGUUGCCACCAUUUCAGUACUAACGCAAGCGUUACGUGAGUUUGGAAAUAAAGUCGUUGGCAUCAAACCGUUUAUUAAGAAAAUACCCGUUUUGUUGGCCGAUCGUGACAAAAAUGUUCGAGAGGAAACCAAGCAGUUGACCAUUGAAAUUUUCAGAUGGAUUGGUCCAGCGCUAAAGCCACACAUCGCCUCAAUUGCAGCUGUACUUUUAACCGAAUUAGAAGGUGAAUUUGACAAAAUAAAAAAUGAAAAAUCAGAACCAACACGAUACUUAAAGUCACAGCAAGAGAAACAGAUUGCACUAAAAUCGGCUGCCACUGGUGACGAUGAUGAGGGCGUAGAUGAGAAUGACGACAAUCAACGGGAAGAAAUGGAUCCCAUGGAUCUCAUCGAUCCGGUUGAUAUUUUAUCAAAAUUACCCAAAGACUUUUUCGACAAACUGGAAGCGAAAAAGUGGCAAGAUCGUAAAGAGUCUCUAGAGGCACUACAAACAUUGCUACAAAAUCCAAAGCUUGAAAGUGGCGACUAUGGUGAUGUGGUGAAGGCUCUGAAAAAAGUUUUAACGAAAGAUACAAAUGUGGUUCUUGUCGCAAUGGCCGGCAAAUGUAUGGCUUUGUUGGCGAAAGGUUUGGGCAAGAAAUUCUCACCGUAUGCACUGUCUUGUAUAUCGGGAAUUUUGGAAAAGUUUAAGGAGAAAAAAACGAAUGUAGUGACGGCAUUACGUGAAGCCAUCGAUGCAAUUUAUCCAUCGACCACAUUUGAAGCAAUGCAAGAAGAUUUAUUGGAAGCGUUGAACAAUAAAAAUCCGAGUAUUAAAGCUGAGACUGCAUCAUUUUUGGCACGUGCUUUUGCACGCACCCAAGGGACCUUACUCAAUAAAAAGUUAAUCAAAGCCUUUUCAACGGCAUUGCUGAAAACUCUUAGCGAAUCAGAUCCAAUCGUUCGUGAUAGCUCAGCCGAAGCACUGGGAACAUUGUUAAAACUUUUGGGUGAGAAAGCAGUUGGACCCUAUCUCGUCGAUGUGGACGCUUUAAAAAUGGCCAAAAUCAAAGAGUGUUCAGAAAAAGCGGAAAUAUUUGUUAAAACAGCUGCACCGAAAAAAGAACGAGCAACAACAGCACCGGCUAAAGCAUCCACAACUGCAACGAAAGCAGGCUCAUCUGAACCGAAACCAGUGGCUAGACCAGGAACUGUUACCAAAAAGGCAACUGGCACAGCAAAAAAACCAGCCUCGGCAAAUGCUGUUCAAAAAUCGGCCAGUUCAACAAAAGCCACAUUACCAACUGAACGCGAAAUAUCAUCGGAAGAAGCCGAUGAAAAAGCUACUGAGCUCUUAUCUGCUGAUAUACUAACGGGAAUCGUUGAUUCGAAUUGGAAAAAUCGGCUUUCCAGCGCCGAGACAUUUUUGAGCUCAAUCGGUGGCAUCGAAUCAAAAUUGGGAAAUGCACAAAUUUUGGUACGACUACUGUGCAAAAAACCAGGUUUAAAAGAAACCAACUUUCAAGUUUUGAAACUAAAACUGGAUGCAUUAGCUGCAAUUACCGAUAAACUUGGAAUGACCACAACAACAGCUGAGUUGUUCUUAACCGAAAUCGUUGCCUUGUUAGCCGAUACAAAGAAUAGUGCGGGUGCUAAUCAAGUUUUGACUGCUGUAGCUGAUGCUAUUCAACUCGAGUACGUUGUAAUGAAAGUGAUUGCAAUUGCAUUUGAGCAAAAGUCACCCAAAGUUCAAGCCGAAGCACUGAACUGGGUUGGCGGUGCGUUAAAAGAGUUCGGCAUGCAAGUUAAUCCAAAAACGUUACUCGACGAUGUAAAAAAAGCCGUUCAAAGUAUAAAUCCGGCCGUUAGACAAGCAUCAAUUCAAUUAUUGGGUAUUAUGCAUUUGUACAUGGGCAACACAUUGACAAUGUUCUUUGAAAAUGAAAAACCCGCAAUAAAGCAACAAAUUCAAGCAGAAUUCGAUAAAAAUGCUGAUCAAAAGCCACCAAAACCAACACGUGGUAAACCAUCGGACAACGGGGCACAUGCAGUAAAUGAUGAGGACAACGACGAAGAUGAACAGCCAGAAAUUAAGCUUAGUGACAUGCUUCCGCGUGUCGACAUUUCAUCACAAAUCACUGAAGCACUGCUUACCGAAAUAUCGGAUAAAAAUUGGAAAACACGAAACGAAGGCCUUACAAAAUUACAAGGAAUCUUGAACGAGUCAAAAUUGAUAAAGCCAACUAUUGGUGAUUUGCCACAAGCAUUGUUACAUCGACUGCUCGAUAGCAAUGCUAAAAUUGCACAAGUGUCGAUGAAUUUGUGCCAGCAAUUGGCCGAGUCAAUGGGGCCAGCGUGUAAGCAGCAUGUUCGCACUUUGUUGCCAGGAUUUUUAAAUGGAUUGAACGACAGUAAGGCAAUCAUGCGUACGGCCAGUAUCCAAUGUAUAAAUGCAUGGGGUGAACAGUGUGGUUACAAAGAGUUUUUCGAGGGUGAAAUGAUGGCCGAAGCACUUAAAUCGGGAAGUCCGUCGGGACGAACGGAGCUUUGGGGUUGGUUGAGUGAGAAAUUGCCCACACUUCCACCAAAAUCGAUACCAAAAGAUGAGAUUCUGACUUGUUUGCCGUAUCUGUAUGCAAAUAUUUGUGAUCGUAAUGCCGACGUUCGUAAAAAUGCAAACGAAGCCGUACUCGGCUGUAUGCUACACGUGGGAUAUGAAGUAAUGGUUAAAGCAUUGGAACAUCAGAAACCUGCUUCAAAGAAAACCAUUUUGACCGCAUUAGAUAAAGCAAGACCAAGUUUACCUGUGAAACCAUUGCCAAAAGGAAAACAACAAGCACCAGUCGAAGAAGUUGGUAAGUCAACAAAAUCGGUUACAGGAAAGGCACAAAAAGCACCAACACCAGCCAAUAAAUCAGCCAAUUCACGCAAGAAGGAAGAGGAUGUUGACACAUCACCACUUCUAUCUAUAAACAAUUUGAAGAAUCAACGUAUGCUCGACGAGCAGAAAUUAAAAGUGCUGAAAUGGACAUUCACAACGCCACGUGAAGAGUUUAACGAAUUAUUACGUGAUCAAAUGUCAACCGCCGGUCUAAACAAAAAUCUUAUGGCCAAUAUGUUUCACGAAGACUUUCGCUAUCAUUUGAAAGCGAUCGAAGCACUACAAGAUGACUUGAAUUCAAAUACAAAAGCAUUGAUGUGCAAUUUGGAUUUGAUUUUAAAAUGGAUUUCAUUGCGCUUUUACGAUACAAAUCCAUCGGUUUUACUAAAAGGUCUGGAUUACUUACACUUGGUCAUGCAAAUGUUGAUUAGUAGCGAAUAUGAUAUGUCCGAAGUGGAAGGCACCAGUUUCUUACCACAUCUGCUGGUGAAGCUCGGCGAUCCCAAGGACGCAGUACGAAAUGGUGUUCGAUCGUUGUUCCGUCAAAUAUGUCUUACAUAUCCAUUUACAAAGGUGUUUUCAUGCAUCAUGGAGGGUUUAAAAUCGAAAAAUGCCCGACAACGAACCGAAUGCCUGGAUGAAUUAGGUUAUUUGAUCGAAACAUAUGGCAUGGGCGCUUGUCAACCGUCCGCCCAAAUUGCACUAAAGGAAAUUGCACGACACAUUGCCGAUCGUGAUAAUUCCGUACGAAGCGCCGCAUUAAAUUGUGUCGUUCAAGCCUAUUUUAUUGUCGAAGAUAAGGUUUAUAAACUGAUCGGUCAAUUGUCCGAAAAAGAUUUAUCAAUGUUAGACGAACGUAUUAAACGUGCAAAGAAAACACGAAAAGUUCCCGCUGAAGUGCCAAUGAAACCAGUAGCUGUAAUCAAACCAGACAUUGUUGAUGACGAUGAACCAAUGGAUGAAGACGAACAAGAUCCCGAAUUACAAGAAUCUCCACAGCCAGCGGUUAUUAUUCAAGAACCAUGUGAAAUCCAACGACCCAAACCAAGUGGACCCUUUAAACUAGAUCAAGAAUUCAUUUGUGACAUCGAAAAGGACUGGAUUCGCAGUGAUCAAUGGCAAAUACCAAAACCUUUGGAUGUAAAUACAGAAUUUUUACAUUCGCCAUUAAAAUCAACCGAAGUGAAUGGUAUUUCCUAUCCGGCUGAUCGUCUUCAACGUCUCAUUUCAAAUGCUCCACGACACAUGCUAUCACCGGUAAAUCAUGGUGUGAGCUACAUGAACACAACCAUAUCGUUGAAUCAAUUGAACACAUCACCGUCAGCUACACAAAACUUACCCGAUAUUCUACCAAAAUUGGACCCGAAUCUCAUGCGCAUCUUACGUUCAGUUGGAAGUUCAGACACAAUCACCGCACGAGCUGGUUUGAAUGAAUUGAAUGACAUUUUAGAAUCUCCCGAGAAACAAGCGGCUCUUCGUGACUACGAGGAAAUUUAUAUUGAAAAUGUUUGCCUUCAGUUAAGAAAUUUGUCACAAAUUCCCGUGUCAGAUGCAUUGGCCAUAUACCAACCGUUGUUGUCAAGCAUCUACUCAUUCUAUACAUCACGUUCGCUGGGUAAAAAUGUUGGCAUCGAACCACUGAAAAAGUUCAUGCAUUUGAUCAUUGGUUUGAUGGUUGAGCAAAAACUACCAAACAGUGAAGAAAACGAGUAUACCAAAGUGGUCAAUGGCAUUUGUUUGAAAAUAUUCGAUAAAUCAAAUUUUACAAAUAUCAUUUGUGCAUUGAUUCGACUUCUCAAAGAAACAUGUUCAGCAGCCGGUUUGCCCAAAUUCACUGAUUUACUCAUGAAAUGCAUUUGGCGAAAUGUGAAAAAUUUACCGGAAAAGUCGAAUGAAAUCGAUUAUGAUGCAGUAUUACUUGAAGUUCAUGAGUUCAUGGUUCAAUUGCCGUCAUCAUAUUGGCAUCAACGACACGCUGACACGCCCUACCGCACAGUAAAAACAAUAAUUCAUCAUUUGGCUCAAAUAAAAGGCAACAACAUAUUACAACACUUGUCAAAGAUUCCAACACAUUCAGAGCUCUAUUCGUAUUUGCUGAAAGUACUUAAGAAUAUUCAAAAAGAUAGCCAAAACAACGGAAGCAAGUCAAACACACCAUCAAAGAAAACCACAGUACAAAGUCACGAAGCCGUUUCAGCAAUAUUCAAACUAAUUUCGGAUAAAGAGACAAAACAGGAGGGCAUACAGAAACUAUACGAAUUUAAGAUUAAAAAUCCCGACGUUGAUAUCGAUCACUAUUUGCACGGAUCAAAUCCCAUAUUUCGUAAAUUCAUUGAUGAUGGUUUGGCUGAAUUGGAGAGAACCGCUGCUGAAAAUAAUCAUGCAGAUAACAAAGUAUUGUCAGAGAAUCGAUUUGGUGUAACGAAGGCGUUUGGAAAAGAUCCAGAUUAUUGGAUGGAGCGAUUAAAUGCUUUGAAGAAAAAUGCACGUGGAGCAGAAGAACAAACCGACAAUCGAUCGUCUGCUGAGAAUGUCAACGUAAAUUUGCUGGCCCAAAAAAGUUUAUUCACGCAAAAAGAGACAACGGAAAAUAUUAGCAGCAAUCGUCUUGAACUGAUGAAACAGCGUUUGGCACAAGUACGAUCACAAAAAUAAGUCACAAUGCAUGGUUGAAGAUACUUGACUGUACAUUGAAUAUUAUUCGGUAUUCCGCUAAACAGUUUUUCUCAUUUGCAUCGAAUUCGUCCCGUAAACAGUGAAAGCAAUUUUUGUAUGGAUUAUAUAGUCAAGAGACAUAAUUGAUUACUGGCUUAUUAUUACACAUUCUCAAAAAUAUAACUCAAUUUCAUUGACGAUUAUGUUAUGUAUUUCACUUACCAUCACCAUUUGAUUAUUAGUGUUCUUAUUUCUAACAGAUAAACACACAUGAUUAAUCUCAAUCAAGGAUGAAGAUUAAAGAAUAACUAAUAAAUUUAAUUUAUAUCCAAACAUCCUAACUAAUAAUGAAAUCAUGUAAUAUUUAGACGUAUAAAAAAAUUAAAAAAUAAAAUAAUGCCCAGUACUCUAAUUUAUUUCGUAAAA